AUGCCAACUCCUGGGCCCCUUGGAGACGCCUUUAGACGCUUGGGUGAUCUACGAAGACGCAACCGACCCAAUCAGAGACGAGUCUCUACCUACCACCCUCCGCAAGAUAUCACCGAAUCCCCUGAAUCGUCUGAACCCAUCGCAUCCCCUGAAUCUGUUGAAUCGGUUCUCCCACCAGUCUACCAAUCUCAAAUGAAUCGCGAACGGCAACUAGUAAUCAGAGUGUCUUCUGAUAUGCAUAGUAACUCCAUUGAACAACUGGAGCGGGAGCUCUUAGUCUCAGACAACGAACAAGGCCUUGCUAAUCAAGUCCACAUGGAUGGGCUAUACGCUGCUUUGGCCGACCUCCCUGCCCUUCCCCCUAGUUUGUACCCCCCUCAUAUCAACGUAGAAAGCUACACCUUUGAUCUAUACCAAGACACUUAUUCCCGAAAUGAAGUCUGGUACAUCCGCAAAGCCGCAAUCGAGGAGCUCCUUCUCCCUGUUCAUACACACCUGGACGAAAUUGAUUGGUGA